GCGAUGCUGCGCGACCAGCUCAAGUUUGGCCUGAACACGGUGGAGGAUGGCCUGGUCUCCCAGUUGCUCUCUGACCAGGCCAGAAAAAGCCUGGCUCCCACGCAAGGCAUCCACAAGUACUGGGUCAAGUGCUACCCGCUGUACUCUGUGCUGCUGGCUCUCAACCGCACGUCGGUGGACUUCUUCAGCCUGGAUGUGGAGGGAACCGAGAUGGGAAUUCUUGCCUACAUGCCCUGGCACUUGGUUGACAUUAAGAUAUUGCUGGUUGAGAACUUCCUCUCCUACUUCUGGAACCCGCAGACAGACCUCAUGCGCUGGCUCAUGGAGUCUCACGGCUACCUGGCGAUGCGGCUCCAGCACGACUGGCUGUUCGUGCGACGCGACUGCGAGUAUGCCAAAGACGCCGAGGACAUCAUCCGCAGGCUGCGGCACCAGAUAGCCGUGUCGAAAGAAAACAAGGUCACGGAUCCGUUCAACGACUGAGAAAACAAAGUCACUGAUCCGUUCAACGACUGACGCCAGGAUGUGACACCGUACCAAAAGGGACAUUCGGGGCUGCUCAGGGCCCGCUGUCUUAACCCGUCUAACGCGCAGCAGCUCUAGGGGGAGGGAGGCUUAGCUUCUAUGCCCAUAAGACUUGGCUUUUACGCCCAGUCUGGGGUUGCGAAGGGCACGAUUGAAAAGUGUAUUUCUGCCUCCGAUCACAUUUGCAGCAACCUAAAUUGCCAUCUGAAGUCAAAUAUGUCGGAAACCGUUUGAUAUGUAUAUAUAUAUAUAUAUAUAUAUAUAUAUAUAUAUAUAUAUAU